UCAGAUGAUAUGAGUUCACAUUCAUUUUCGGAAGUCCCUAAGCCUAUUUUCUCUAAGAAAAUAUACACCAUGUGAUAAGGUUUAGAAGCACAAAAAAUUCCGAAAUGAAACACCGUUUAGUAUGAAUCGUGGAGAUACGCUAUUAUAUUUAAUUUCGUUUCAACUUUUCGAUAUGAAUACGUUAUUAAUGAUCCUAAACAUGUUAAAAUCGAUUUAAUUUAUAUUUACAGGCGGCGGCAGAGUUCGGGUGGGUGAAGCCGGUGUUCGGAUCGUGCCACUUCCCCUCCGCCGGAAGCGGCGCGUGGGCUACGUGGGGUUGAUGGAGAGCGCAGGAGGAGACGAGGACUGGGUGAUCUACGCUCAUCUGCCAGACAACGUGGCGGCGGUGCUAGAAGCCGACUCCCCGCCGGUGCUUCAGGCAUUCACGCUGGAUAUUAAUUAAUAUUUGUAACUUAUUAUUAUUAUUAUUAUUACCGUGAUGAAUACGCGAGGAAAAGAAAGGAGGUUGAAAGUGAAGAAGAGGAGCAAAAGAAAGGGAAGACUAUUUCAAAGAACAAAGCCGUCUCCGAAGUCCCCUCGCGCCCCUCCACCACUCCUCACGUCGUCCUCAUCUUCUCUUUCCCUUCCACCAUAUUCCACGAUGGCCCUCAUCCUCCGCAAGCCUCUCUGCUGUUGUCCCUCCGCCUGGGACGACCUACUCCUCCAUCACCAUGACCACGGCCACCGAAUCCACCAGGAAACAACCGCCGAGGACAGCAACAAAUGGAUCUCCAGCCCCUGCCGCUCCGCAACGUCAUCACCAGCGCGAGGAGGCAGAGCAGGAGGAGGAGGAGGAGGGGGUAGAUGGCGACGAAGUAGGAGAAGAAGAUGAUGAUUCCUUCUUUGAGUCUUUCGAUCGCGUCCCUUCCAACGUCUCCUUCCUCUACGAUCUACCUACGGAUUCUGACGAUGAUGAGGACGAAGACGAUGCUCGCACCUCCUUUGCCUCCGCCAUCGCUCCGCCCUGCCACCUCCGCGGCGUCACCUUCUCCCGCGAGGAGUUUCUCCAGGAAUGCCAGAAGGAAGAGUGCGGCAGCAGCGGAUACGACUACGGAAUUUGGAUGGACGAGCCCACCUCGAUCGAAGAACGCCGGCGGAGGCUCCUCCAGGGAAUGGGCUUCGCCAGCGGUAAGGAUCUCCAUUCCUCCCUGCGGAUCCGCUGCCGAAAGGUCCCCGAAGCCAACGGCGCCUGCGAUUCGGGUCCCAUGGUGGUCUCUUCCGCGUCGCCGCCGCACCGGCAGGCCGUCGUCUCCAGAUGCCGAUCCGAUGCGGAACUGACGGCGCCGCGGCGUCCCUCGAAACCCUCUACCAUGCAGCGAUCUGCCUCCUCCCCGCCCACUUUUUGCGACCGCCGAGUGCGAAAUGGUUCCGGAGCCGCCGACGGCGCUGGAAUAGGAGGUGGGGAGCAGGAAGAGAGCGGUGUCUUCCGGAUCAAGAACCUUGACACGGGGAAGGAGUUGCUAGUCAGCGAGUCCAAAAAGGACGGAGAUUGGGGGUUCAAUGAUCUCCAGACCGGGAUGCAGCUCAGCAUGGAGGAGUUCGAGCAAUUCCUUGGCACCUCCCCGAUCGUGAAGGAGCUAAUGCGCCGUGUCAGCUUGGACGGCGGAGCACAGCCGCUGAGCAAAGAAAAGGCCAUCGACUCUCCUGUUAGCGCCAAGAGAUCGAAAUUGGGCUACAGAAAGAAAGGUAGCUGGCUCAAGAAUAUCAAGCACGUCGCGAACUCUGUCACCGGGCGUAGUACCGAGAAGGAGGAGAAGGGUGAUAUUGGAUAUAAAAUGACGAGGAAGUCAACGGGCGACGGCUCCUCGGAGCUGAUGAAAGUGCAUCAACACGGCAAAUCCUACAAGGAACUCACCGGACUCUACAUGAGCCAGGAGAUUCGUGCCCAUGAGGGAUCCAUAUGGAGCAUCAAAUUCAGCUGUGAUGGCAAAUAUUUGGCCAGCGCUGGGGAGGACCGCGUCGUCCGAGUGUGGCAAGUCAGAGAAUCCGAUAUCCUCUCGACGCCCUUGCGGCGUCAAGAGGCUCGCUCCCUCCGUAAAUCUACACUGCAUGAAUCCCCCGACCGUUCCCCCCUCCUUGGAUCCCACCGGACAAGGAGGAACAAGAUGUUCAAGUGCAAGAAGUCGCUUCCUAACUACAUUGUAUUGCCGGAGGUUAUUUUCUCACUCUCAGAGGAGCCGAUUUGCUCAUUGGAAGGGCAUUUGGACGAUGUCUUGGAUCUCUCGUGGUCUAAAUCGCAGCAUUUGUUAUCCUCCUCAAUGGAUAAGACGGUCAGAUUAUGGAACAUGGAAAGUAAAGUUUGUCUGAAGUUGUUUGCUCACAACGAUUAUGUGACAUGCAUCCAGUUCAACCCAAUUGAUGAUAGGUACUUCAUUAGUGGUUCCCUUGAUUCAAAAGUUCGGAUCUGGAGCAUACCAGAGCAUCAUGUUGUUGACUGGAGUGAUCUCCAUGAGAUGGUUACAGCUGCAUGUUAUACACCAGAUGGUCAGGCUGCUUUAGUUGGCUCUCAUAAAGGUAGCUGCCGGCGCUACAAGACCUUUGAUUGUAAGCUUUCUCAAGAAAGUCAGAUAGGCAUACGGAAAAAGAAGGCGACACACGCAAAAAAGAUUACUGGAUUCCAGUUUGCUCCAGGUGAUCCAUCUGAAGUGUUGAUUACCUCAGCUGACUCACGGGUUCGAGUAUUCAAUGGCCUAAAAAUGAUUCACAAAUUUAGAGGUUUCAGGAAUACUAGUAGCCAAAUAUCUGCAUCAUAUACCUCAGAUGGGAAGUAUAUAAUAUGCGCAAGUGAGGAUUCUCAUGUUUAUUUAUGGAAGAGAGAGACAGGGCAAGUUGUAAGUUCUGGGGGUAGAAAAAAAGCUUGGACUACCACUCGGUCGCACGAGUACUUCUACUGCAAGGAUGUAUCUGUCGCAAUUCCAUGGCCAAAUGCCGGAAGCAACUGUUUCCCCCCGUCUUUCCCCCCAUUUUCACAGAGAUUCAAUCAGCAGGAAUCCCUCAGAUAUACUGACUCCCAGCGAUCUACGACCUCACUCGAUGACAUCUUCCACAAUGACAGGAGUCAUUAUCCACCUCUUCCACCUCUUCCAAAGAAGAGUUUGAUAGAGCAGGCACAAUCGGAGGAGGUCAGGAAGUUGUCUUAUUCAGGUGGAGACAUUGGGAGUGACUCGUUUGCUUCAGGUUCUGAUUCUAUGAGGUGUGGUCCAGUGCCCUCGUCGAUGUCAGAGCCCAGAAAUUUGUCUUCUUUCUCCUCAUGGGGAUGGUACAACGGUGGUGGCGGUACCAGGACAAGCAGCAGCGAUCCUUCAAAUGCAUGGGGCUUAAUCGUCGUCACCGCUGGCCUGAGUGGAAACAUCAGGAUCUACCAGAACUUUGGCAUGCCAGUUCGCCUCAGCAGACAAACCAAUCUAUUUUGAAGAAAGAUUCUGAAGUUUUCUUCCUUUUUUAUUUUCAGUAUUCUUUGUUCACUUAUGUUGACUCUUGAAUUUGGUAAUAGCAAUGAACUUCGUGUCAUUGGUGCUGUACCCAACUUCAUUGUGUCAUCAUGGAAACACAUCGAUUUGUAUUUGUACAUUAGGAUUUGAUAGGGGGUCGACCCACUGUUUUUAUUGUGGACAAACUUUCUUGUACAAUUGUUAAUGUGCUUUUUAGCUUUCUAAUGAAUUGAAGCGAAGUAUUGCUGCAAA